AUUCCGGGAGCCAUGAGAGGCUUAAAGUGGAACCAAAAGUUACACUCUUACUAAGCACAAAGAUUAGUAGAGGAAAAAAAUAUCAAUGAAGUUCCUUAUAGGAAGGCUAUUUAAAAAAUAGCGAUUGAUACUUCAAGAUGGCUGGCAAUAGCGAUUUACAAAAGACUGCCAGCACUGCUAACUUACUAAUGGUAGGAGCUGGAGGCAUCGGUUGUGAACUAUUGAAAAAUUUGGUGCUAAGUGGUUUCACAAAUAUUCAUAUUAUAGAUUUGGAUACAAUAGAUGUCAGUAACUUAAAUAGGCAGUUUCUAUUUCAGCGUAAGCAUGUGGGCAAAUCAAAAGCUUGUAUAGCUAAAGAAAGUGUCUUGUCAUUAAAACCAAAUUUAAACAUAAUAGCAUUACAUGACACAAUAAUAAAUUCUGAAUACAAUGUUGACUUUUUUCAAAAGUUUGAUUUUGUUUUAAAUGCUCUAGAUAAUAAAGUUGCUAGAAACCAUGUAAACAGAAUGUGUCUUGCUGCUGAUGUUCCUUUAAUUGAAAGUGGGUCAGCAGGUUAUUUAGGGCAAGUAACUUUGAUCAAGAAAGGUUUUACUGAAUGUUAUGAAUGCCAACCUAAACCAUCAAACAAAACUUACCCUGGAUGCACUAUAAGGAAUACUCCAUCUGAACCUGUUCAUUGUAUAGUUUGGGCAAAACAUUUAUUUAACCAGCUUUUUGGAGAAUAUGAUGAAGAGGCUGAAGUUUCACCAGAUACUGCUGAUCCAGAGCUUUCUGGUGAAGCAGGGGAACAAGCGCUGGCUUGUGAUGAUGUGACUGCAGCACGAGUUUCAACACGCGAAUGGGCAAAAGGAAUUGAUUUUAAUCCUGAAAAAUUAUUUACAAAAUUUUUCUUCAAUGAUAUCAAAUAUUUACUUUCUAUGGAAAAACUGUGGCAAAAAAGGCAACCUCCCACACCUUUAUCAUGGAGCAGUAUUGAGAUGGAGGAAGAAAAAACUCAAUCAUAUAAUGUGUUGUUGGAUAAAAGAAUAUGGAGUAUUUAUGAAUGUCGAAAGAUUUUUCAAGAAUGUGUUGAAAAGUUAAGAGAAAGGUGUAAAACAGUCUCAGAACUUGUGUGGGAUAAAGAUGAUGUUGUUUCAAUGGAUUUUGUUGCUGCAGCUGCUAACAUACGAUCUUUUAUUUUUCAUAUUCCAGUCAAAAGCAGAUUUGAUAUUAAAGCUAUUUCUGGAAACAUUAUUCCAGCUAUUGCUUCAACUAAUGCGAUCAUAGCAGGGUUAAUGGUAAUUGAAGUUCUUAAAUUGCUUUCAGGUCGGUUAUACGAUUGUCGAACUAUAUUUUUAAACAAACAAGUUAAAGUUAAAAAACAGUUAUUGGUUCCUUGUUUGCUUGAAGCACCAAAUCCAAAAUGUUAUAUUUGUGCUAAAAAACCAGAAGUAACUAUAUUUUUAAAUUUACAAACUGUGACAGUUAAACAGCUGGAAGAUAAAAUACUUAAAGAUAAGUUGUGCAUGGUUGCACCAGAUGUUGAAAUAGAUGAUGGAAAAGGUACUAUUUUGAUAUCAAGUGAAGAAGGAGAAACAGAAGAGAAUUGGGACAAGGUGUUACUUGAUUUUAAGAUCUCUGAUGGCACUCGAUUGAAAUGUGAUGAUUUCUUACAAAAUUUUGAAAUUGCAAUAACUUUACGUGAUAAAAAAGACAUUAAUGUUGACCAAUUAUUUUUUUUGGAAGGUGAAAUACCUGUGCCAAAAGAUGAAAAGUCUGAAGAUAGAACACUGGAAAAUGGUAGUGGUGCUAAAAAACGAAAAUUAAGUUUGGAAGAUGAGAAUAAUAGUGCAAUAAAAAAGUCUAAAGUUGAAUUAGAAAUAGAUUCUGAUAUUGUAAUUUUGUAACAACAUUUUUAUUGUAGGUUAUACUGUAAAAUUUCUUUUACUUUGUUGUGAGAAGAGAAAGAUUCAAAGAA